GCAGACUUCCCCUGACGCUUCUUCUGCCUUUUUGUGAAAAUAUCAGCUUAAAAAUACUUUCAUAGCCUUUGGCUGAACGCAAUCUGACACCCUUUUCAGAUCACAUCAAACAGACGUUGGACCUAUUUAAAAGGCUGAUCCUUGCAUAAAAUCCCAUAUUUCCCUAUCUUAUCUGUUCCUGCGCACCUUGCAAAUAUAAAGGUGGCAAAGAUGCUUAUUUUUACAAAGCUGACUGUGUGCAACCAACACAUCCAAACGUCGCCCGCUCGCAAAAUGAAAUGUUGCUGAAUUGUGAGUGCUGCUGAACAGCUCUGCUCCUGGCUGGGCUCCGGCCGCCUGUGCGUGUGGACGGAUGUGAUGAGGACGUCACAUCACUUGCAGUGCAGCCAGACGCCAGCAGCAGCAUCCAGAGCUCAGGGGGCAGCGCGACGCACAGAGCUGGCCAUAUUGUGCACCAAGCUCCUCGUAAAUCGGCUGCGUCACACCUUCAAAAAAAAAGCACACGCUCACACAACAAAGGUGGAACACCAAAUCGACACGACGGAACAACGGCGAUUGCAAGAAAAAAAAAGAAGCAUCUCUGUUGAGCUGAAGGCGUUAUUGGACACGGGUGGUUUUCUGUUAUCACACAUGGACGCGAUCACAGACCGGAAAAUGGUCAAACUAGGGAAUAAUUUUACCGAGAAAAACAACGGGAAGGUGGUUUCCGAGGACGGCUUUGACACCAUCCCUCUCAUAACACCGUUAGAUGCCAGCCAGUUGCAGUUCCCCCCACCUGAAAAGGUGGUGGUGAAGACAAAGGCAGACUACGAUGGCGAGAGCAGGAAGGGAAGGCUGCGAUCUCCCAAAAUUGCAGAGUUCUCCAUAAGCAUCAUUGAAGGUGUAUCUGAGCGCCUCAAAGUGACCCUGCUGGUGAUCUGCGCCCUGGCGUUCCUGGUGUGUGUGGUGUUCCUAGUGGUCUACAAGGUCUACCAGUACGAGCAGCCCUGUCCUGACAGCUUUGUUUACACGCAGCAAGGCCGCUGCCUGCCGGCUGCGCUGUAUGGGAACUACCCCCCUCAGGGCCCUGGGGGCCGCGGCCGUCUCUUUACCCUCAUCAACCACUACAACAUAGCCAAGCAGACCAUCACUCGGUCGGUAUCACCGUGGAUGACCAUCAUGUCCGAGGAGAAGGUAACCCAGCAGGAGACGGAGACUUCCCAGAAACUGGCCUAACCGCCUGGGGAUCGGUGUGUGGCCUCCUCCUGCAGCAGAAAAAAUAAAUAAUAUGGUUGUGCCAUUCAAGCAAACCUCAGAGUUCUGUGGCUUUCUUGUGGGUGAAAAAUCAUCUUCUCUUGCCUGAGGUGCUAUGCUGCCUUGUUGCUGUGGUUUGGUCAACUGAUGUGUACAGUAGCUGGAAAUAUGUGGAAGUGUUGCAAACGUCCUCAGCACAGCGGGGCUUUGUUCGGUGGAUUCCCGAUUUGUUUGAAUAGCAUAUGUUGUUAUUUAUUUACAUGACAAAAUAGAGUGGCAAACAUGUAGAAAAAGCCACAGAAACCCUGACACACACACACAUACACACACAC